AUGUACAUAGUUAUGAACAUGCACAGGGAUAUUAAAAACGACAUUAUUAAAAGCCUUCCCUUUACAUUCAGCAAGGUGGGGUUAUCCACCUACGAUGGAAGGGAACAGAAAGAGAAAAUAAAACAGAUCAACAGUAAUGAUGCGCUCUCGCAUAUUCUGGAUCAUACUGAAAAUGGCAACACUGAUAAGAGUAGCCACACAGACAGGAAUAAUUCCCCUGAGGGGAUCGACAACUUCAACUGCUGCAAAUCCUUAGUGGGAGAAAGGGGGAAAGGCAACGGAAGGGAAAGGAAAGAAGCUUCAAAUGACAGUCACUUUAACGGUCAGGUAAAUAGUAAACAUGUAUUGGUACGAAAUACGCAAAAAAAAAACUCCGCGAAAAAAUGGCCCGCUAAACCUCGCAAGCAGUAUGACCUGUCCACGCACACACGCGGGAGAGACACGAUCAGAAAUUUUGAGAAGUUACUUUCGAUGAGCGGAAUGGAGAAGGACAGGAAGGGAAUAGUGGGCCGAGGAGAUAAUGACGAGGAAUUGAAUUAUUACCCAGACGGAUUUGACGAAAGGGCAUAUGUGACUGUAGAGAAAAGCAAGGUGAACAAUUGGCGCAUGAGAAAUUAUCUUAACGUGGACAAGUUAAGCUUGUCCGUUUCGACGAGUAGCAUGGGGGAGAAGGUUGCGGAGGAUCAACAUGGUUUGUCUAGCGGAGGAGAUGAUUUUUCUAGCGAUGCCGAGAGUCCCGCAAGACGAGUAAGUGGUCAAGGGAAUAAUAUCUUUGGUGAGUCCCUUUUUUCCUCCUUCAAUUUGAACUUCGAUCCAUUGGAGGGGGUAAGUGAUAAUUUAGGGGUACAUCUCGCGGAAGGGUUCCCCACCGAUGUUGAUUUCAAUGCAGGGGUUAAGGGCGGUCCAAGUCGGACUGACUCUGACCACACGGUAACCAACCUCUCCCUUGAGGUGGACAACACAAUGCAUUCAUUAGACGAAGACAAGGAGCUGCAUCUAUUCGAUUCACUAAAAAACUUGUACAAAAAUCACAACAAAAAAAUUAAGCUCAUUAAUUAUAAUAAAAUUUUAAAUACCAGUCUGUGCAAACGCAUGCAGGAUGUUGCGGAAAGCCAACAUGGCAAGGUACUUGAAGUUAACAGUAGAUGUAGUGGUAGGAAUGGGAGGAAGGACAGAAGUAGUGGAGAGGACCGCGGGCUGGGCGAAAAGAUAACUGAGCAUGAUGUUAAGACAAUUAUUAUGAAUAUAAAAAAAAGGCUUGGGUUUUACUCGGGGGAGGAGCGAGAGGAGGGUCAGGUCGGGACGCAGGUCGGGACGCAGGUGAAGACGCAGGUCGGGACGCGACGUGAUAAGCGGUGUCAUAUAGAGCUCUCGAACAGAGGGAACUUUUGUGAGAGCCUAAAUUACUCAAGGGACGAGGUAUUGUCCGAUAGUGUGGAAAACGAACUGCGUAAUGGGGAAGAACCCAAUAGAUUUGCAAAAGUAGAUGCAGCUAGGCAAAUUGCGGAGAAACGGAUUCACAAAGGAGAGAGCCCAAAUCUCCUUAAUUAUAAGAGCUUCGUUUCAGAUGAUUUUAAUUUUCCAAACGAUAGGGAUGAUGCCCUCCUCGGCUUGUCCACAUCUCAUAAUAGCCAAAGGGAAACUCUCCCGUCCUCCAGCAAAGGGUGUCCGAGUACAGACAAUGAAGAUGUGUUCGCGUUGUCUAUGUCGUCGGCGCAGUUUAAGCGAAGCUUUCUACGCGCCACAGGACGGGGCUCCAGCGGGGUGGAUGGUAAUGAAGGGAAGGAUGGAGGAACCGGCCCGCAUGAGAAAGACCAGGCGUACCAAUCGGAUGACCAAUCGGAUGAUCAAAGUAAUGACAAAUGUGGUGAUCGACGUGAAGACCAACCGGAUGAGCAACCGAAUGACCAACAGGAUGAUGGCGCACAUACCGACUGCGACAGCAACCCCAGCAUGGACCUCUCCCAUUUGGACACGCAAGCGAACAAACGAAAAGAAACAAAUCGCCAAGAGGUAUUAAAAAGGGAAGAGUUUCCAACAGAGGCUGAAGCAAAUUGUUGUAGAAGCGUUUCCCCUUCAGGGGAGAGUUCCCUAGAGGAACGUAUUCUAGAUGGAGAGGGGGGCUGCCAUUCAAAAAACAUUUUUUAUAUUAAUGAAGACAUUAAAAAAGAGAAAAUUAAAAAAUUAACUUCAGGUAGAGAGAAGUAUGAUGAAGACAUGGACACAUGUACUGAUGAGUCGCCCAAGGAUUUUUCAACCGAGGGGAAGGAACAGUUUACAUGCAAUGGAAAUAACUCCAAAAGGGAAGGGGUAGAUAUUUUAUCACAAGAGAUGAACAACUAUAUGUUCGAUAUUUUCGAGAACCAAGUUAAGCAUCUCAAUGAAUUAGUGGCAAACACUUUAUCCUGA